CUCACAAAAAGCUUGCGGAGCAUCUGGCAUGGAGCGGGCUGCAUGAAAAACGAAUCGAGGAGGCUCAUUGGUUCAGGAAAGUUGCAUGGAAUGUGGCUGUCGGUGCUCGGGAGCGCCCCCCGCUGAUGAGAGAUUCCUUUCUUCUUUCAUACAAGAUCUCCAUGUUCUGUCCUUGUGACAAGACGGUGCUUGUGGCCCAGAAGUCGUGUUUAUUGAUGGCGGCAGCUUUGGACCUGGAGAUGGCAAGGCAGGCCGCAGAGCACUCAGAGAAGGUAAAGUUCCUCGCCAAUUCAUUGGAAAGCAUUGCCUUAUGUCGGGAGAUAUGGAAUAUUAUGAAGUCUACAGGAGAAUUCUCCAAUGACAACUCUGAGGCCCUCCUAGUCCUCUAUGAGUUUGAAGCCCGAGCCAAGCUGAAUGAUCCGGCGCUGGAGAGUGUGCUGGAGUAUGUGUGGGGGAUGCCCAACCUCGACGCCAAAAUACUGGAAUCCAUUGCAUCCUUGUCCAUGGAAUCCCCCGCAUACUAUCCAUCCAUCUGCAAGAAAGCCCUACAGGGAGCCUUAUCUGUGCUAAAGAAGGUGGACCCCCCGGAUGUGUCCAGACUGAGUAAGUGUCUGCACAGCCUGGUGAAGCUGAGCUUACCGGAGAGACUGGUGAAGCUGGAGGACGGCGAGCAGGAGGAGGCCUGGAACUACUACCAGGAGGCCCUCUGUAUCCUCUCCAGCGUGAAGGACUAUCCAGAGAUUGAGAUCUUGUGGCUGAUGACCCGGGCGUGGAACCACGGGGUAUUCCAGUACAGCUUCAAGAAACUCCCAGAUACCAGCCGCUGGUGUGCUCUGGCCAUGAGACUCCUCAACUACCUGGGAUCUUUGAAGAGGAGCUAUGAAAGCAAGAUGACGGCUCUGUAUGGAGACAUUCUGGACAAGCUGGAUAAAGAAGGAGGAGCUUCGAGUCUCCAGAACUACCAACUGCCAAUGUAGGUCCAUCGCUGGUUACAUUGUAUUUCUUAUAUCUCUUCCAUCGCUGGUUACAUUGUAUUUCUUCUAUCUCUUCCAUCGC